AUGACGUCCACCAACCCCUCAGUGUACGCCGAUAAGGAUGAUUUGCGCACUCGAUUCGCCGCUGCUAUGUCUACCAUGUACCGUGCUGAGGUGCCACUUUACGGUGACUUGAUGGACAUUGUCCGCGAUAUCAAUGUCAGUGUACAAAAGACAACUGUUGAGGAUCCGCGGAUUGAUGGUACUACAGGUGUACCAGCAAGCAUCGAGCGUCUGACCCAAGAACGACAUGGUGCUAUUCGCCUGGGUACCCCAUUUGAGAUUCGCAUGAUCAAGCGCAUCUUUGCAGUCCUGGGAAUGCACCCGAUUGGAUAUUAUGACCUCUCGGUCGCAGGAUUACCGAUGCAUGCGACCUGCUUCCGCCCAUUAUCACUCUCCAGCCUUAAUCACAAUCCCUUCCGUGUCUUUACUACGCUACUCCGGCCUGAACUGUUGACUCCCGAAGCUCGUGAACUCGCAAUGCGACUGUUGGGAAAGCGGAAUAUUUUCAGCAAAACUUUGGUCGAACUUCUUGAUAGGAUUGACCAGCAAGACGGAAAAUUGGAAGAAAGUCAAAGCGAAAUUUUUAUCCAUGAAGCUAUGUCCACAUUCAGGUGGCAGCCCACUGCUACCGCUACGUUUGAUCAGUACCAGGCCCUGAAAGCUGUGCAUCCUAUUUUGCCGGACAUUGCAUGUUUUCAAAGCGCACACAUCAAUCACCUUACACCACGGACCCUUGACAUCCUAGCUGCGCAGUCAGCGAUGAAGAAGGCUGGCAUAGCUGCCAAGGCUCAAAUCGAAGGCCCGCCGGCUCGCGAAUGCCCCAUCCUGCUACGCCAAACCAGUUUCCUAGCCCUUGAAGAGAUCGUCCACUUCAGACGAGAAGACCAAAGCGCGAACCAGCCUCUUUCUCCGAAUGAUUUAGUCGAGGCAAGCCACAAGGCUCGUUUCGGGGAAAUAGAGCAGCGAGGUGCUGCAGUGACAAAAAAGGGCCGAGAGCUUUACGACAAACUUCUUUGCAAAGGUAAAGCGCGAGCGGCAGGGGUAACCCCCGAGAAGGCAGAUUCUAUUGCCAUCGAAGUGUUCAAGGAGUACCCAGACACUUGGGUAGAACUUCGGCAUCAAAACCUGAUCUAUUGUGAAUUUAAAGUCACCUUGUCAAAUGCCUCGCCAUCUGUCAAGUUCCAAGGCAGCUCUACUUUAGAGAAGCUCAUCUCGGAAGGAACUGUAGAAGCUGUUCCUAUCACAUAUGAGGACUUCUUACCUUUCUCGGCGGCAGGGAUCUUCCAAUCCAAUUUACAGUGUAGCAGCCCCUCGACGUUGUUUCCUCACUCAAGUCACUGUUCUGGGGAUCUCAAGGGCCUUGAAGAAGCCAUGGAGACGAAUAUCUUGGAUCUCGAUAGUUGGAAGCUGGGUCUCGCUUUGAAAGAUCUCAUCCCAGGCGGCCGGUGA